AUUUAUUUAUAUUCGUGAACUUCCGCCAGGGUGAGGUGGACGUGACGUCAGACUAGGAAGUACAGCUCGCCGCUGGUGGACAGAAGUGAAUAGCAAUGGCUAGCAACAACAGCAGCAGCAGCUGCAGCAACAACUAACAUUAGCUGGUAUUUUCCUCAGGAAACAUCGCAUGAAUGUAUUUUUAAAGCCAGUCUCUGCUGAGCUGAAGAGCUGAAUGUCCUUCUAGUGUCGGUGAAAAUGACACCGAGAUGACUCACCAGUGGCUUGGACAUCUGUGAUUUGACAGAAGAUGAGGCUUGCUCAGUUUGUCAGACUUGUCAUUGCUUAUAAUGAUUGCUACUGUAGGCACAUAAACCACACUGACAUGGACAACAAACUAUAGUGAAUCAUGUUUGUUGUUUCUUGCACAUCACACUCACUAAAAAAACAAAAUACAUAAAUUAUCAUUUAGUUUGUUUUGAAUGGCUUUCAGUUGAUAACCAGUGCUGACAAUGUCACUGGGCGAGCAGUCUCAAAAGUGGUUUCCAACCCAUGUCCAAGCCACUGUUCUUCAAGCAACCGGUUUACAGCCCAAGGGCAAAAAUGGCACCAAUGAUGCCUACACCAUCAUCCAGCUGGGCAAAGAAAAGUACUCAACAUCAGUGGCAGAGAAGACACUUAACCCUGUCUGGAGAGAGGAAGCCUCCUUUGAAUUACCUGGGUUACUUUUGGAGGGCAACCCAGAAGUGUAUGAACUCUGCCUUAUAGUGAUGCAUCGGUCCUUGGUUGGGAUGGACAAGUUCCUGGGUCAGAGGUCCAUCAACCUGAAUGAAAUCUUUGAUAACAAGGAGCGAAAGAAAACUGACUGGUAUUCCUUGGAGUCCAAGCCGGGGAAGAAGAGGAAAGAACGAGGCCGCAUCCAAGUCAGCAUCCAAUUCAUGAGGAACAACAUGACAGCCAGCAUGUUUGACCUCUCCAUGAAGGAAAAGCCCCGCUCACCUUUUUCCAAACUGAAGGACAAAAUGAAAGGUCGCAAACACGACAGUGGCUUUAGCGACACAUCGUCUGCCAUCCUGCCUCGGUCUGCCGUGUGUGACACAGAGCCUAACCGUCAGUCCUUCGCCCCAGAACCACAACCUCAGCCUGAAGCCAAGGUCAAGAGACCGCUGCUCGCUGGGGCCCAUAAACUCUCCGCAGCCCAUUCCAUGUCAGAUCUCAUUGGGACUCACUUUCGGCCCAAACUGGACUCAAUGAACUCCAUAGAAGAGAGUGGGAGCGCAGGCGGCCCUCACAGGCGUUCCCAAAGCGAGGUGCCCGGCUACCAGGACGGCGAGGCACACAGUGACCCUUUCACUGAUAUCAGUGACACCCUGCCACAGAAGUAUGCCACGCUCCCACGCAACCGCAACCCCUUCGAGGGGGAGCACGGGCAGCUGUGGGACCGGGCAGAGCGGAAGGAGAAAAAGGAGAAGGUCAGCCUACUGGAACGCGUGACGGGAAAGAAGGAAGGCCGCAAGACCAGCAACGGGGGGCGUUCUGGCAGUUCUGGAGACCUGCGCUCCCCCAACCCAUUUAGUGGAGACUCACAAGCAGACACUAACCCGUUCAUCUCCAACUACAAAGCCAGUGAUAAAAAAUCAACAGGGCAUGAAGACAUCACCUUUGGCCAUAAGAGGAAGGACAUCUUUGGCAAGAAAAAGGAGGCGACACAGGAAAGCGUGGCCGCCUACAGCAACUUGUCCUUUGAGGAAGUUGUGCAGGAACUCAUUAAGCAGAAAGAAGUGGUGAAAAAGAAAGACGCCCACAUCAGGGAGCUGGAAGACUACAUCGAUAACCUGCUCGUGCGCGUCAUGGAGGAGACACCAAGCAUUCUACGGACGCCCUAUGAGCCAAAAAAGAAGGCGGGUAAAAUCUCUAAAAAGUAGAAAGAAAAGAUGUUGGAUGAAAAGUUACUAAUGAAGGUUUAUCUGCAGCUCAUGCAUCAGUAUCAUGUGGUAAAAUAAGUGGGAACAAACGGGAUUGAUCAAAGCCAAAUUAAUGAUUGAUUUAUGUCUUUGCUUUAGAACAUUUUUAUUCAACAGAUGUAGUUUUUAUAUAGUUUUUUCCAAUGUUUUGGUUAUUUUAGUACACACAGGUGUUUUGCCCUCUUUGUUCGGCAUUCCUAUUACUAUUUAAAAUUCUGAAUACUCGCUGCGGUGCAUUUUUAGGUAUGUAAACAGGAUAAGAGAAAUUCCUAGAUCGAUUCAAAUCAAAUCCAUAUUUUUGACAAACAUUAGGUUUCACUACAUUAUAUCGUAUGCACUUGUGAACCCACAGAGGUCUGUUGCACAUACAGCUACCAUCAUCUGCCUAGAAGCUCUUAAGGUGCAAAUGCAGCCAAAUUUAUGUUUACCAGAUGGUGUAGUCGCAGUUGUGUGCAGUUUGCUGAAAGACGGUCAAGAGGUCGAUAAGAUGAGGCUGUAGUUACUGUGUUUACACUUGAGCGCAAGUCUCAAACUUACCACCUAAACCAGCCGUUUAGUAGAGGCAGCCUCAGCUUUGUUCCGAGCCUCUUCUGUGCUACAGAUGUGGAUGAACACUGCUGCCCUGCCCAAGAGCCUGAGUGGUUCAUGGUAUUCUUAGAAAGACAAAGAGAGUUACAGUAAGAAGUUGCUGGACAGUAUCUGGAUUCUCUCUAGCUCAUGCAUUUUUUUUUUUCUCAAAAAUCGAACAAACGUACAUUGCUGUUGUCAGUUACUCAUUUCUCAUUAUUUUAUUUGUGAUGACUAUCAUUUAAGCUUCUUGGACCAAGGGUCUCACAGUCACUUGCUGAAGGUGAUCAUUUAACUGACUUUUAAGUGCAAUAAUCAUGACUUGCUUUAUAUUUGGCUGGUAAUGUUCUUGUUUACAUUUUAAUCACACUGUUAAGUCAAACUCAUCUCUUAAUAUUGAUUUGAUUCACUGGAAAAGCCUGGAGUUUUGUGUUAUAGCCUCCGUGGAUUGACCAGCCUUCAUCUCCUUUAGUUACAGUUUUUGCUGAAGAUUAUAUCGACGGUACCUAGCUGCACAUAUGGAUAUAUGCUGACCAAUCUUUAUUUAUACAAGUUUCUUAGCUCAUUUACAUAUGAACAUUAUUUUAAUGUAUUUGUAUGGUACUUUAUGGUAAAAACGCUACUGUAUACCCCCUUACUCACCACCCUUUCUACUGUAAUAACACUGUACAGUUGGUACCAAUCACGAAAAAAACGUAAAGUAUUUGCGUCUUAAGGUCUUAUGGAUACAGUUUUUUUAUGUAAUUCCCAUCAGCAUUAAUAUCUGUUUACCUAGUCACAAAGUAUGUACUGUGCCUCAGUAUAUUUCAGCUUUCUAUGUAAUCAAAACAACCAAACUUCUAACAUUCACAAACCGUAAGAAAAAAGUGUUUUACCAGUUCACUGAGUACUAAUGAUGAUCAGUUUGUUAUUGUUCGAGGUAAACACCCAAUGAGUGUCAUUCAGGUUAGAAAUAACUGUUUGACAGCACAUGUCAGAAGCUCACUGUCCUCAUUUCACAGUUUUACAUCUCACAUGUCGCCUCAAUCUGUGAUGCUAAUGUGAGAACAACAUAUGUUGUUUCCAUAUUCAACUCUUUCAUUCUGUGUCUGCUGAACAAAUGCAGAGUGAGCGACAGGGCAGCUGUUGGAUCGCGCUGCUGGUACUAAAAUGAACUAAAUGACUACUUAAAGCUUAAUCUCAACGUUUUCAUCACCUGUAUUUGUGCUUGAGCUCAAUGUUCAAAGGUAGAAUAAUCACUUACUGAUGUUUAGGUUUACAUUUUUGAAUGUUUAUUUCUGUUUCAUGGAAAGCAGCUUCACAUACAGUGUUAAACACACUUUGUAAUAUCAUAAUAACUUCCUUUACUCAGAGUUUCACACCAUUUUUAAUGAUCUAUCAAGCCUCUUUGUUAGAUAAUGAUCCACUUUGUCCUUUUGCUGGUAUUAUUUCUGGUAUGUAUAUCUAUUUUGUAAUUACUUUCAAGUCUUAUACAAUAUUUGACCUUUACACUGUAUGAUACUAAAUCACGGCACCCUAUCUAUAGAAUGUCAACAGUCAAAAACACUUGUUAAUUUAAGUUCUUCAUGAAUGUUUCACCACUCAGAAACAUGUAUGUCAUGUACUAAUUGUUUCUGCUGCUGCACAAGUAGUGACUUCACCUGAACGUUUGUGAUCUCUUUUUGGACUUGAAACCAAAUCUCUUGUCAUUGAAUGUAUUCUGGUUGGUUGAAAUACACAAUCCUGAAAUGUAUAAUGAUAUCGAGUACACUAACAAGGCCAUUGAACCUUGCUUGCCUUUAAAGUAUUUGGUGUAUCCAAAGAGAUCAUUUCAUAUGGGUGAUUUUUCUCCCCUUCCUGCUCUCUAUUAGUCUGAUGAAACUCAGACAUCUUCAUUAUGGAUAUGAAGUGAUUGUCGGUACGGUUUUGUGCGAUGAUGUGACACAGAUGUAAAUUCCUUUGUAUUGGAGAACAGUUAUUUGAUCUGCAUAUAUUUUGUAAAGCCAACAAUGUUUGAAUCAGUUCAGAAAAUGAUGAGUAUUAUGUGAUACUAAUUAAGAAGAUAUGUGGAUAAGAAUCUGUUUUCCAUCACGGAAAAGCUUCUCACUGAUUGCCUUCCUACAUGUGCUGAAGUGUAAACUCUCCGUCUCCUCAUGUUACAGGCUUUACCAACUGCUUUAACUAGUCUGUAUUGGUAGUUAGACAGUUGUUCAAGGACCUUACCGAGCUCUUAAUCUUCCAUUGUACAUACUGUACAGUCACUUUGUUGUAUCACGUCACCUCCUUUGACUUUUUUGCACAUUUUGUUGUGCUUUAAAUGUUUGAAAAUGUGCUUCCUGGGGAUUUAUUCCAUCUAAAGUUCAGUCAUAGUGCGAGUUAAGCUAAAUGAAAUUUGAAAAGUGGGAAUAAAAGUUAAGAAAAGUAUUCACCACCCAUCUUUCAUUUGAACCAAACUGACAUUUGUAAAUUGUGAUUUAGCUGUAAUAUCAGGCUAUUGAAAAGUUUUUCUUUCUCAGGCUUUUUUAUGGCUGUAGAUAUUUUCUCUUGCUGGCAAAGCAAAUGCAUGGAUAUCUGGCGGGGAUAUUUUAUUGUAUGUCACAUUGUGCAUCAUAAAGCAAAACUCAUACAGAGUAUUGAACAGGUGAUUUACACUUAGGUCUACAGUGUGCCCUAAAGCACUGCUGCGUCGCCGAAAUGAUGAAAUAACAAAUGAUAAGGUCUUAAUAAAUAAAUGUUGAACACAUUUGGACCCUGAGGUUAUUUAGUUCAAAUGAAAAAUGAAGGGUGCGUAGUUCAAAUUAAUUAAUUUUGCCUGUCAUUUUUCUUUCAGCUUGAUUGCUACAUUUGCUUUAUGCUUUAAUAUAAUUUGGUGCUUUGGUAGAUGUCAGGCUAAAACAGAAAUCUAAAUGAAAAGCAUUUUCAAAUCAUUUUCUAGCACAACAGUGUAUGGGGGUACAUUGCAAAAAAAAACCCUGCAUCAUUAUUAUAGUUCUUCCUUGCCUCUUUGCAUAAUAUUUGUCAUCCAAUUAAUGCCAGUGUUUGAAUAUGCAAAGCACUGAAAAAUGCUCUGGGGCAAAAUUUCCUAUAAAUUUGGCCACAGCCUGUGUCGUAAUUCAGAAUUAUAUAGAUUGUUUUGCACAUGCAUUAGAAGUAUGUUUAAAGUGUUGUAGGUGAAAGUCCGCCCCAUUCCAAACAAAACAAAAAACAAAAACAGUGCAAACAUAUGGGGAUUUUUUCCAUGUUGACGAAGCAUGCAUUGAACCUUUUGAUGAAGAUGACAUAAAGCUCAAGUCGGAUCUCACAAUCCUCCUCUGGCAGUCUUUUAAGUCUUCUACUGAUAAUAUGAUGCUGCUUGCCAUAGGCCACAUACAGCUGCCAGACACUAAGACUUAAGCUCCCGCUAAAUCCCCUGACGGUGCUUGUAAUGUGGCACACAGUUUUGAAGGAAAUGAUGACUGUGUUUAUAAAAGAUCUUGCCAGUUAGCAAAGCUUCAUUGAGUUUACAGAAUUGUAUGGCGUGUGGGGCACAGAGGUGCCAACACAAUUAAAUAUAAUUUGAGUUGAGUUAAGUGCCCCAACAUGGUGGAGACCUAAAAUGACAUUUUGAUACUAACAUGUUGGUUUACUUCUGAAGGUAGUCCAUGUGUACUGGGUCUCACAGUUCAGUUACAUGCCUUGUAAUGUAAUAAGUAAAUGGGAGUGUUUGGAUUCUUGUCAGUUCUGCAUGUCACUCACAUGUUUUGAUAAUGUAACACUUGAUAUUAUUGCCAAACUAUGUCAUUUUCCUGAUCUAGAAUGCAUUGAUUCCACUAGAUUGGGUUGAUUUUCAUCACCUGUCAUCACACUACCUUAUUGUAAUGUACUCAGAAUUGUACAGUGUGUAAGUUGGUUACCAAAUGUCCUUUCAUCAGAAAAACUAGGUGAGCUUUUUUGUGUUUAUUUUCACAUAAUAGCCAAUAUGCAAGACUUUCAUACCUGGAUGUGUGGGGACAAGAAUGUAUGGCUUUUUUUUAAAUUAUUGUAGUUCUGGAAACACAUUGGGGGCUAGAAGAUGUACACUGUAUAUUAUGAUAACAGUAUAAUGCUGUUAAUGAUGACUGUAUAUAAAGUGCCAACACAAGCACUAAUUCAUUCAAAUUUGGUGAUGCAUUUCUUAAAUAUUCACCCAUUCUCCGUACAGUUUCAAACAUUAACUUUUGGACAUUAUCAUCACCAUGAUCAUGAUCAAAUUCCAAUGUGCUACUGGAUGUAGUUUAAAUGACACAAGCAAGAUUGUAUUGUCCUUUUCAAUAAACUCACUG